UGGAGUCCUCUCUCCUUAUUAUACCCACUAUUUCCUAGUGGAGUCUCUUAAGUCUAGUAGAACAUUAACCUCUUUUGGGUUUUUUUUUGUUUCGUUCUUCCAGAUUUAUACAUCAACUCAUAUUUAGUUCUCUAGGGUUUUUGUUUUGUUUUUGAAAAGUGUGUUAAUCAAGCAACAUCUUUUCUCAAUCUUUUUCUUGUUUUGAAUCUGAGUGUUAUAAAAUGGUUGAACUCUUGUUUCUUCUAUCUUUUUUGGUGGAGCUACAAAGUAACUGCUUUCAUAUGAAUCUUGAGAGCAUAAAAAUCAAAGAAGGGGUGAGUUAUAUUUCAUUGCUUUUUAAGAGACCAGUUUCAUGGUUGUCUUUUCUUGCCCCACUACUUCUUCACAUCGUAGGACUUCGCUUCUCGCAAAUCCUAGCUACCUCAGCUGCUUUGUUCUUGUCAUCUUUCUUCUUCCCUCUCACAAUCCAAAAACCAAACUCCAAGGUUCAAGAUCUUAGUCAACACGAUCAGCACUCUCUAGGAGAGAGUGAAGUAUCUACGACGACCACUGAUGAUACUGUCAAAAAUAAUGACGAAGAAGACGGAACAAUCCCUGAUGAGGAAAGCCUCAUAGAGCUCUCCUUACCUAGUGGUCACUACGUUGGCCACCACUACAGUACUAUGAUUGGACAACAAGAUCAAAAGGUCAUGUACAACAACAUCCCAGAUUUCAGGCUUAUCCAACUAUCAGCCGAGUAUGAAGACGAUAAUCUGAUCGAAAUCGACAUUUCCAUCGGAUCCAUCAAGUGUUCAAGGUUCCAGAUCAAAGCCUGAUACAUCUUUCAUAUAUUUUCUAUCACUAUAUAAAGCUAUUAAAAUAUCGGAUGUAU